CACCGAUCCGAAUUCAGCAACUCGUUGGUCCACGCAGUGAAGUUCACGGCAUUGUGUCUCGGUUUCUCCCCAAUACGGCACAAUGUCCUCCGCAUCCCCUUACGGCUACAUGUCACCGCCGUCCACUUCCGCCGCCGGCUUCCUCUCCGCCGCUAGAGAGAAAACCCAGUCUGUAAUGGCCGGCUGUCGACCGUGGGGAGAGCUCCUUGAUCUCUCCACCCUCAGCCUCCCCUUCAGCCUCGGCGAAGCAACGGCCCGGAUCAAGCGAAGCCUUGCCUAUUUCCGUGUAAAUUACACGCUCAUCGUCUUGCUCGUGCUAUUCGUCAGCCUGCUGUGGCAUCCCAUCUCCAUGAUCGUUUUCUUGGUUGUAUUCGUUGCCUGGCUCUUCCUCUACUUCCUUCGAGAUGACCCCGUUUUGAUCUUCAACCGAAUUGUGGACGACCGCGUUGUUCUUGUGGGGCUUGGCGUGGUUACAAUCGUUGCAUUGGUUCUCACUCAUGUGUGGCUGAAUGUUUUUGUUUCGCUUGUAAUUGGCUCCUUCUUGGUUUGUUUACAUGGGGCUUUUAGGGCUUCUGAUAAUCUGGAUGAUCAAGAGUCCCCUUACGGAGCAUUGCUUACGGUGGUCGAUAGUCCCAGGGGAUCGUAUAGUCUUGUUUGAAUGUUCAUUUACGGAUAAUUUUGACGAUUUGGACGCCAAUUGUUUGAUGAUUGUAGUGUAGCUUGAUGAUAUUGUCUCGAUCUGAUAUAAUUUACCUUUAUUUGAUAUAUUUGCUUUCUGGUUG